CAGCAUCGCACGGACUUCUUGCCUCGUGGCAAAAGUGGGCAUCCAAGAUGGCAAGACUUACUACGCUUCUAGGCGAUCCGACCGUGCAGCGGAAUAUCCUGCUCAUAUUGCUUGUGUUUUCCUGCAUCAGCACGGUCUUCAAAUCCGUCGAAGUCACUAGGAUCAGCUCUUCACCCACCACGGAUCAAGAUGCCAUUGCUGCGCCAGAGUCUCUGAAAAAUCCGGCCUCUAAUUCUGUUUUCACGGCUCAGACCAAGGACGAGUAUGAGUAUUCCGAUAUUUACAAGCAGGGUGGGGCUUCCGAAAUCACCAAAGUCUCAAUGAUGUACGGCAGCCGUACCAAGGAUGUACGAUACAAGGCUGCUCUGCAUAGCCAAAGGCAACACGCGGAGCAUCAUGGACAUGGGCUGAAGAUCCUCUCAACCGGAUUCAAAAGCGAAUUCUGGUCCAAGUACUCAUUCCUGUUGAAAAUCAUGCUAGAGGAGCUCGAGAAGCCGAAAGAUCGGCGUACGAAGUGGUUAUGUUGGGUCGGAUAUGAUGUUAUCCUGAUGAACGCUUACAUUCCCCUUGACAUUUUCCUCCCUCAUGGCAAGAAUCUGUCUCACAUCAACGCUUUGGUCACUCGAGACUGGGCAGGUCUCAACUCGGACGUCUUUUUCCUUCGCGUCAACGAAUGGUCCACCCGAUAUUUAUCCAGCAUUAUGAGCUAUUACGAGAACAAGCCACGUCUUCAAUUCGAAAGGGGAUCUGAUCGACGUGCUCAACAAUACGUGACCGGACAUCUUCUCUACCGCAAUCAAACAAUGCUGCUGCCCGCACGUUGGUUUAAUUCAGUCGAGCCCGUGGUCAGCUCUACAGAUGAUUCAAACAUAGCCAAGCCACAGCUUACUGCGCAAAACGUGACUCAAGAUUCAUUUAGGGAAGCCCCUGGGCUCGAGUCACAGUACAGAGAUAAUGUGUUCCAGCCAGGAGACGUCAUGCUGAAAAUUUCAGAGGACAAGAAGAAAAAUGAAGUGCUUGAUUUGGUGAAAGCGGCGAAAAAAGAAGAAGCAGGCUAUCUUGUGUCGCCGGACAGGCUCGAAAUCCUGGAAGAAAUUCAGCGAUUUUGGCGGGGUCCUCAGAUUCCGGGAGUUCAUACAGCUGUACCUGGAGUCCACAAAGUUGGUCCUCACGGGCAUUCGCAUGGAGAUAGAGCGUGGAGAUAG